AUGGCGGGCGCAAGUCGCCGGUCGUUUCCGCUGACUCGGCUCUCCCCGUCCGGACCUGCGGCACAUUUCACACGGCUACGAUGUGCUCCGCCGAUUCUGCCAACAACACCCCGCCGCUCCCUCUCCACAACCAGCGCUCGCUCCGUAACCCACUCGUCCGGCCCAUUCGAGCCUCUCCGCCCUCCGAACCCCUCGACGCUCGGCGCGCCCCGUCCAGCCCGCAGUUUCCGGCGCUCCCGCCGCUGGGCGCGGCGCUUCCUCAUACUCUCAGCCGUGCUUGGAACAGGCUAUCUGGCGGACCAGCAACUGUACGCCUCGGGCAUCGCGCGCUCGCUACGCACCUUCGGCCUGGGCCUCUGGGUGGCGUUGGACUACAAGAUCAACUUCCGCCCCGAGCCGCUGCCGCUGAUCGGGAGCGAGGGCGGCAUUCCGGCGCUGCAUCGCCGCAGCGCCGAGAGGCUGUUCAACCUGCUGCGCGAGAACGGUGGGCUGUACCUCAAGAUCGGACAGGCGAUUGCCAUGCAGAGCGCCGUGAUGCCGCCCGAGUUCCAGCGCAUGUUUGCGCGCAUGUUUGAUGAUGCGCCGCAGGACGACUGGGAGGCGGUGGAGAAGGUCAUCAGGGAGGACUUCGGCGGCCGGAGCGUCGAGGAGGUGUUUGGCGUCAGCUUUGCUGGCGUCGAGGGAAAGGGAGUCAUGGAGCGGUCCGCCAGGGCGAGCGCGUCCGUUGCGCAGGUGCACUGGGCGAGGUUACCUGACGGGAGGGAGGUUGCUAUUAAGAUCCAGAAACCCGAGAUUGCGAAGCAGAUCGGGUGGGAUCUGUGGGCCUUCAAGGUCGUCAUGAAGGUGUACACAUGGUGGUUUGACCUACCAUUGUAUUCCUUGGUGCCUUUCAUUACCGAACGGUUAAUGUUGGAGACGGACUUUGAGAACGAGGCGAAGAACUCGGAGAUCAUGCGCCAGCUCGUGAACCAGGAACCGAGUCUACGGGGCAGAGUCUACGUUCCACCGGUCUAUCCUGAACUCAGUUCUAGGCGCGUCCUCACAACCGAGUGGAUCGAAGGCGUGAGGUUAUGGGAUAAAGAGGCCCUCACUAAACCCUGGCUGGGAGGCUACGGGAAGGGCUCGGCGGGGGUUCAUGGCACACAGUUGAACCCCCCAGAUAUAGAGGCCAUACGGCGGGAGUUGCGGGAGAACCCACACAGCCAAAAUCUAAAGCCGGAGCGGACAGAAUGGAGAGGGCGCCGUGGCCAGGGAGGACUCGGCGUGUCUACCAAGGAGGUCAUGACCACCAUGAUUGACCUCUUCUCCGCCCAGAUUUUCAAGUGGGGUGUUGUCCACUGUGAUCCGCACCCAGGCAACAUCUUUAUCCGACGGCUGCCUAAUGGAUUGCCCGAGCUUGUGCUGAUCGACCACGGGCUUUAUGUCUACAUGAGCGACAAGUUCCGGCAUGAAUAUGGCAUCUUUUGGAAGGCCCUGAUGACGUUUGACAACAAGACGAUCGCCGAGAUUACCGAAAAAUGGGGCAUCAAGGCCGCCGACUUGUUUGCCUCGGCCACGCUGUUGCGUCCUUACGAAGGUGGCGACCAACAGUUCCAAAGGGGGAUGCUGAGUGCGCUGGACGAUAAAAAGACAGCAAGCCAGCGGCAGUACGAGAUGCAGCAGAAGAUGAAGCAGGGUAUGCGCGACAUGUUGGCGGACGAGGAGAAGUGGCCAAAGGAGCUCAUCUUCAUUGGGAGGAACAUGCGGAUUGUGCAAGGCAACAAUGCGUACAUGGGCUCGCCGGUCAACAGAAUCAAGAUGAUGGGCGAGUGGGCUAGUCGGUCCCUGUUUCAGGACCCGAACCUGCCCUUGCGCCAGAGGGCCAUCAACAUUUGGCAGCAUCUUUUGUUCAAGGCGGUUCUGUUCCUGUCGGAUGUCGCCUUCCACUUUUUCAGGCUGAAGCAGCUUCUCGGCCGCGGCGGCGGGAUGGAAGACGAGGUUGAAGCAAGGUUAAAGGAUGUGGCCAAGGAGUUCGGCGUCGAGCUCCAGCAUGACGUCUUCGAGGGGUGA